CCCGCAGCGUCCUUCGACCUGAUCCUGCCCGGCUCGGUUGCUGCUCUGCCAUCGCCGCUCUCCAUCAAAGAUCCAGCCGUCAUGUUGUGCAAGUCACUCUCUUCCCAGUUGGCGAUCCGCCUGGCCAGACGCCCGGCCCCUCUGAGGGUCCUCCAGCUCGCGGCGCAAACCGCUGCUGCUGCAUAUCCUUCGCUCGCUCCUGUGCCGACGACCCGGCUCUUCUCGACCUCCCCGGCCAUCCUCGGUGGUGCCGAUGGAAAGCUGUACACCGUCGACAAGUUCCCUCAGCUGAAGCGCAAUCCAAAGUUCAAGGCUGUGGAUAGCCAGGACCUGGAGCACUUCCGAUCCAUCAUCGGUCCGCAAGGCGUUCUGACCGACAAGGACGAAAUCGAGCCGUUCAACGAGGACUGGCUCCGAAAGUACCGCGGAAAGACCACCGUCGUGCUGCGUCCCAAGACCUCCCAGCAGGUGGCCGACAUUCUCAAGUACUGCAACUCGCAGUCUCUUGCCGUAGUCCCACAGGGCGGCAAUACCGGGCUUGUCGGAGGAAGCGUGCCCGUGUUUGACGAAAUCGUCAUCAGCACCCAACUCAUGAACGAGAUUGAAUCGUUUGACGAAGUCUCGGGCAUCCUGACCUGCCAGGCUGGCUGUGUGCUCGAGAAGCUGGACGACUGGCUCGCCGAAAAGGGUUACAUGAUGCCCCUGGACCUCGGUGCCAAGGGCAGCUGCCACAUCGGCGGUAACGUCGCCACCAACGCUGGCGGCAUUCGUCUCCUGCGAUAUGGCUCCCUCCAUGGCACCGUUCUGUCCCUGGAGGUCGCCACUGCCGACGGAUCCCUGAUGGAACUGGGCAAGCCCUUGAGAAAGGACAACACGGGCCUGGACCUCAAGCAUCUGUUUGUGGGCUCCGAGGGCGUCCUCGGCAUGAUCACCAAGGUUUCAAUUCUGACUCCCAAGCGCAGCUCGGCAGUCAAUGUCGCCAUGUUUGCUCUCAAGGACUUUAACGCCGUCCAGGAGGCUUUCAAGCGCGCAAAGUCCAACCUCUCCGAGAUCCUCUCGGCCUAUGAGUUCUUUGACUCGGCCUCCUUCAGCCUCGUCCAGAAGCACCUCCAUAUCCGUGACCCCUUCUCGCAAACGGCGCCGUGCUAUGUCCUGAUUGAGACCUCGGGCUCGAACAAGGAGCACGACGACGAAAAGCUGGCCUCUUUCCUCGAGAACCUCAUGGAGGACGGCAUCAUCGAGGACGGUGUCCUGGCCCAGGAUAGCACGCAGAUGCAUGCCUUCUGGAGCAUCCGCGAGUCCAUCUCGGAGGCCUGUGUCAAGGAAGGCGCCAACUUCAAGUACGAUCUCUCGAUGCCGGUGCCGUCCUUCUACGAACUGGUAGAGACUAUGCGUGUGCGUCUGCAGGAGAAGGGCUUCUACGACCCGGCCAACCCGGGCGCCUCCGAAGCCUCGCCGGUCAAGCACGUCGUCGGCUUUGGACACAUUGGCGACGGCAACCUGCAUCUGAAUAUUGUCACGUCGCACUACUCCAAGUCUGUGGAGAAGGCCAUCGAGCCGUAUGUGUACGAGUGGACCGGCGGAAAGCACGGCAGUAUCUCUGCCGAGCACGGCCUGGGCCUCAUGAAGGCCGACUACCUCGGCUACUCCAAGUCGCCGGAGAUGAUUGCGUACAUGAAGAAGAUCAAGGAUCUGUUUGAUCCCAAGGGCAUCCUCAAUCCGUACAAGUACCUGCCCAGCCAGUGAGACACUGUGGCUCUUCCACAGACGCAUCCGAAUAAACACAACUUGGUUCCGUC